AUGAUGGCCUCAGCAAAUGAUUCCAAGUGGCAAAAAGAUGCAGCAGACCAGAACUUUGAUUAUAUGUUUAAAUUAUUAAUAAUUGGAAACAGUUCAGUUGGAAAAACUUCCUUUUUAUUUCGUUAUGCCGAUGAUUCCUUCACGUCUGCGUUCGUUUCGACUGUGGGGAUCGAUUUUAAAGUUAAAACAGUAUUCAGGCAGGAUAAACGUGUCAAAUUACAAAUCUGGGAUACAGCUGGUCAAGAGAGAUAUCGAACUAUAACUACAGCUUAUUAUCGAGGUGCUAUGGGAUUUUUAUUAAUGUAUGAUGUCACCAAUGAGGAAUCUUUCAACGCAGUUCAAGAUUGGUGUACCCAGAUUAAGACGUAUUCGUGGGACAACGCUCAGGUUGUUUUAGUCGGGAAUAAAUGUGAUUUAGAGGACGAACGGGUCGUCUCAACCGACCGGGGAAAACAGCUCGCCGAUCAAUUAGGUCUGGAGUUUUUUGAGACGUCUGCAAAAGAAAAUAUAAAUGUGAAAUCUGUUUUCGAGAGAUUGGUUGACAUCAUCUGUGACAAAAUGUCUGAAAGCCUCGACUCUGAUCCAACUUUAGUCAGUAGCCAAUCAAAAGGCACCAGAUUGACGGAAAAUACCAACGCUCAGAACGCUGGUUGUUCUUGCUGA